CGUAAAUAGGCUGUGUGUGUGUGUGUGUGUGUGUGUGUGUGUACAGGGGAUGUGUGCGCGAGCUGUGCGGGGCCCUCCCCGCAGUGAUCAUGUCGGACGCGGCUGUGGAGCAGAGACGAGCGCUGAUCAAGAGGAAGAAGAGAGGCCGCGCGCCGCCUCCACCGCAGGGCGCCAACGAUCUGACCGCAGAGCAGUGGAGGAUGAUCCGGGAGCUGAUGGACGCGCAGCUGAAAACCUUCGACACCACCUUCUCCCAUUUCAAGAACUUCCGGCUGCCAGAAGUGCUUAGCAGCAGCCCUGGGGGACUGGAAUGUGUGCAGGAAGAGGAAGCCUCCAAGUGGCGCCAGAUCCAGGGCCAUCUGUGCCCAGUGAGGCUCUCUCUGCACCUGCGAGGCGAUGACGGCAGUGUCUGGAACUACAAGCCCCCAGCCGACAGCGGUGGGAGGGAGAUCUUUUCCUUGCUGCCCCACAUGGCUGACAUGUCCACCUUCAUGUUCAAAGGCAUCAUCAACUUUGCCAAAGUCAUCUCCUACUUCAGGGACUUGCCCAUUGAGGAUCAGAUCUCCCUGUUGAAGGGGGCCACCUUUGAGCUGUGCCAGCUGAGAUUCAACACAGUGUUCAAUGCAGAGACUGGGACCUGGGAGUGUGGCCGGCUGUCCUACUGCUUGGAAGACCCUGCAGGUGGCUUCCAGCAGCUGCUGCUGGAGCCCGUGCUCAAAUUCCACUACAUGCUGAAGAAGCUGCAGCUGCACAAGGAGGAGUAUGUGCUGAUGCAAGCCAUCUCCCUCUUCUCCCCAGACCGCCCCGGUGUGGUACAGCGUGGGGUGGUGGACCAGCUGCAGGAGCGCUUCGCUAUUGCUCUGAAGGCUUACAUCGAGUGCAAGCGGCCCCAGCCCGCUCACCGGUUCCUGUUCCUGAAGAUCAUGGCCAUGCUGACCGAGCUGCGGAGCAUCACCGCCCAGCAGACGCAGCGGCUGCUGCACAUCCAGGACAUACACCCCUUUGCCACCCCGCUCAUGUGUGAGCUGUUCAGCAUCACGGAGGGCUGAGCGGCUGCCCAGAGCGUCCUGAGCUGCUACUCCUGGGGUGACCACAGCUGGCUGGCUUUCCUCAGAACCUGGGUCCCCGGCUGCCCGCCCUGUCUCCCAGGUCAGGCGGUGGAGUGGAGCCAAGGCCUGACGCGGGCAUGCCUGGCCUACCACCCAUCAGAGAAAGGCCCAUCAUGGCUGGGCCUUUGGAGGGGCUUCUUGACUGUUCACUUCUACCUCUCAGGAAUCCCAUGCCCCAUGCCCCACGCCCACGCCCCCACCUCCUGUCCCAGGCUGCUCAGUGUUUGCCAGCUCUAGAACAUUCCCCACAGAAGCUCACACACCAACUGAUGAACACAGGCUUGGAUCUGUGGAAUGUUCUAGAGGGAGAAGUUUGUCAGAACCUCUUGGUGUGUCUCUCUCUCUCCUUCAUCCUGGUCAGGACCUCAUCCUAUCUCAGUCCAUUCAAAGGCAACAUUUAAGCACCUACUGUGUGUUCAUAGGCGUGUGCGCAUGCAUGCGCAUGUUGGUGGUAUACAAUGGUGACUCAGACAUGGCUCAUGACUGAAAACAAUUUAGAGUUAAGAAAACAAGGCAGACACACACACCACUUUGAUCCAAAGACGUGGUCACGGAGACAAGGAAUGUCUAUGUGUGGACACUGGGCUGUGCUGGGGUCUGCAUGCGCCCCAGCGCCUGGUGAAGCUCCCGAGGGCCUGACUGUGGCCUUGUGCACGUGCCAUGUGAGCGUUAACUGUGGCUCCCUCUGUGACCAAGCUCAUCCACCUAUGUCACCUCCUGUUGACACCUUUUCUCGCAGCUGAAGGGCAUGAAGGCAUCGCCUUGUUUGUAGCCAUUUGCGGCAGCAAAUACGUUUGCGUUUUCAAAAAUGACAUUUUACUCUACCCAGGUCUUCCACACCUAGAACUUGGGUGCACCAAAUAGACUUGCGGAUCUCACUCCAGAUCCAAUCAGGACGACUGAAGGUGUGCUUGGCGAUCCAAACUUGGCCUUUUGUUCUGAAGAGAAAGGAAACAUGGGGUGGGGAAAUGUCUAUUAUUAUUACCCUUUGCACAUCUGAAGGCUCGGCUGGUAGGAGAACAUCAGAUGUGGUAUUUAACUUUGCUUGCUCCCAAGAUGACUGUUGUGUAUGAAAAUUUAAAGUGCAUCUGCACCAUAAUUCAAAAUG